AUGGCUACCAGAGGGCGCUCGCGCGUGCCCGCGCGCUGCCUGGCAGCUGGCGCUGCGCUCUUCGCCCUCCGAGCGUGCCAGGCGUUCUUGCCGUCUUCCUCGGGCGGCCGCCUGAUCGUACCGACCCGCGCGCUGGCGGCGCCGAUGGCUGCGGCAGCCGCGCCCAUGGCUGCGAUCGCCGAGCAGUCUGCGGAUGCGGAUGCCACCGACGGGAACGCCGCGUCCGUGGCGCUGGCGAUUGGCUUCACGUUUGCCAUCAUCGCAGUCCCAGGCCUCUUCGCCUGGCUCUCCACAUCGUCGAGCACCGGCAAGAUCAAUCCCCCAGAGCUCAAGACGCCGGAGGACUACAGGUGA